UUGAAACUUGUCAAUGGCACAUGGAAUCCCAUGUUGCUUUGUUCUUUUCCCUUUGGUUGUGGUGUCUCUUUCCAAUGUCUUCUUUCCUGCUUUGGGAAGUGAAUUCAUAUCAGCUGUCGGUGAUCCUGGGAUGAAAAGGGAUGGUUUGAGGCUGGCAAUUGAGGCUUGGAAUCAAUGCAAUGAGGUUGGAGAAGAAGCUCCUAACAUGGGCAGUCCUAGAGCUGCUGAUUGUUUUGAUGUAUACAGAGCUUCAUCUCAACAGGAAGGGGUGAAUGAGUGCUCCUUCUGCAGUAAAUUUCCAUACCUUCUGGUCCAUAGAGUUACAGAGGGUGAUAAUAGACUAGGAGUCGGACAACCAUUUCUCGGUGGGCAGCCAGAGGCAUUGCAUAAUGUGGACCUUUAUGCUGCAGAGAAAGAGCUGUAUUUAGGAUAUAAAUGUCAAGUAGAAGACAAGCCACAUCCAUGGCAAUUUUGGAUGAUCAUGCUUAAAAGUGGCAACAUGGAUACUUAUGCAGCGAGAUGCCCGAAAAAUGGCCACAAGGUAGGGCCAUACGGUCCAGAUAACCAGUUCCCUUGUUUUGGCAAAGGUUGCAUGAACCAACCAUCAAUGUAUCAUGAUUACACCACCCUACAAGGGCCAAGAAAGACCACACUUAAGGGAAGAUUUUAUGGUUCUUGGGACCUGAAGGCCGAUCUUCGCAGAGGAGAGGGGCAGAAUAUUUCGUACUAUUCUGUCACCUGGGAGAAGGAACUUGGACAUGGAAGUUGGAUCUUCCACCAUAAACUGAGAUCCUCAACCAAGCAUCCCUGGCUGAUGCUUUACUUGAGAUCGGAUGCCACACAUGGAUUUUCGGGUGGGUACCAUUACUCAACUAGGGGCAUGUUGAAAAUUAUUCCUGAAUCACCAAAUUUCAAGGUGAGAUUCACCUUGAAUGUGAUAAGAGGCGGAGGUCCGGGCAGCCAAUUUUACUUGAUGGAUAUGGGGAGCUGUUGGAAGAACAACGGCCAGCCAUGCGACGGCGACGUGACUUCAGAUGUAACAAGAUACAGUGAAAUGAUAAUAAAUCCAGAAACACAAUCAUGGUGCAAUGCAAAAGACCCCAGAUUGUGUCCCCCAUACCACACAUUUCCUAAUGGAACUCGAGUUCAUCGCACCGAUUCAGCUCAUUUCCCUUAUGAGGCCUAUCACUUGUACUGUGCACCUGGAAAUGCCAAUCAUCUUGAAAAGCCUAACAUUUUGUGUGAUCCCUUCAGUAAUCCUCAGCCUCAGGAGAUACUGCAGAUAUUGCCACAUCCAGUUUGGGGGUACUAUGGCUACCCAACCAGGAAAGGUGAGGGCUGGAUUGGUGAUUCAAGGACAUGGGAGCUGGAUGUUGGGCGGCUGUCACACAACCUUUACUUCUACCAGGAUCCAGGAACCCCACCUGCUAGGAGGAAGUGGACCUCUCUUGACUUGGGAACUGAAAUAUACAAAACCCCAAAUCAAGUGGCAGAAUGGACUGUCUCUGAUUUUGACAUUCUUGUACUGAAAAGAUAGUAACUGCUGUGGAAUCUUGUAUAAGCUAGGAGAAGCAAUAGGGAGACCCAUUUUUAAAGCAAAAGCAAAAUCUUGUUUUGUAUUUUGAACAUGUUCUGCAAAUUUUCCAAGUUCGUUGGAAUGACACCAAAAAGAAGAAAACCAGA